AGUCAACUAAACGCCACAAUCGAUGAAACGAUUGCCAACAAUAGCACCGAUAAAGUGAAGUCAACGCCGGAAGGGAUGCUCUGCGCGUACGGAUCACUCAUUACGAUGGCUUUGAUCCCCAUCUUCUUCGGCGCCUUCCGUUCAGUGAUUCAUCACAAACAGCAACGAGAGUCGGGGGAACAGCCGGAGACGAUGACCCACAAAGACGCCGCAAUGUUUCCACUCAUCGCCAGCGCCGCCCUCUUCGGCCUCUAUAUCUUCUUCAAGGUGUUCUCCAAAGAGUACAUCAAUCUCUUACUCACCGGUUAUUUCUUUCUCCUCGGAGUCCUGGCUAUGGCUCACAUAUUGAGUCCAAUUGUGAACGGAUUGAUCCCAAAAUCAUUUCCAGUAAUUCCUUACCAUCUGAUCUUCAAUAAAGGAAAUGAUGACAAAACGGAGUCUCUAAUAGACUAUCGUUUCGAUUCCAGAGAUUUCCUGACACUUGCCGUCUGUGCGGUUCUCGGCGUUUGGUAUCUCUUCAAAAAGCAUUGGAUCGCAAACAAUCUGUUUGGUCUGGCAUUUGCUGUCAAUGGCGUCGAGUUAUUGCAUUUGAAUAAUAUCGUCACCGGAUGUAUACUUCUCGGCGGACUCUUCGUGUACGACGUCUUCUGGGUCUUUGGAACCGAUGUCAUGGUGACGGUCGCCAAGUCGUUCGAAGCGCCCAUUAAACUGGUCUUUCCUCAAGACUUCCUCGAGAAUGGAGUCAAUGGGACCCACUUUGCGAUGUUAGGGUUGGGAGAUAUCGUGAUUCCCGGCAUUUUUAUCGCUCUGUUAUUGCGGUUUGACGUGAGGUUAGGUCUGAAGAGGAAAGGAAACGUGUAUUUCUACACCAGUUUCGUGGCGUAUAUCUUGGGACUAGUGUUGACGAUCGUAGUGAUGGCAUACUUCAAACACGCACAGCCGGCGCUUCUCUAUUUAGUGCCCUUUUGUAUUAGUUUUCCACUUUCUGUCGCUUUGAUUAGGGGUGACAUUAAAGCUCUCUUCCGCUAUGAAGACCACCCGUCGGCCGAUAAAGACGGCAAGACUGAGGACAAGAACUCGACCGCAAAGUCUACAAAAAAGGAGACAAAGAAAGCCCAAUAGUAUUGAUUAAUAACGGUAUUUGAAUUACAAAUCUAUUGUAAUAAUGGUUAUGUGUCUCUGAAAUCUCUUAACUCUAUUGUCAUUAUAUUAUAUUUAAAUUU